AUGACAGAUCUCUCCAAAACCGACAUGGGUACUGCCGAACAGGUCGAGUCUAGACCUGGGCUUGGUUCAGCACCACAAUGGAUCAGGGAUAUCUCCCCGGAGGAGCUGUCAAACAGAGAGAAGCGGCUCAAGCGCAAGAUUGACUUCAGAUUGCUGCCCAUGGUCGUUAUCAUGUACAUCCUCAACUAUCUCGAUCGGAAUAAUAUCGCAACUGCUCGGCUGGCAGGCUUAGAGGAGGACCUCCAUCUUGUCGGCAACCAAUAUCAGACUUCAGUCAGCAUCCUAUUUGUCGGUUAUCUCUUGAUGCAAGUUCCGUCGAAUAUGUUGCUGAACAAGAUGGGCAAGCCUUCACUGUACCUUCCUGGUUGUAUGGUGGUCUGGGGCAUUAUCUCGGGAUCGACCGCAGCUACGAAAAGCUUCGGUGGCCUUCUCGCGUGCCGGUUCAUCCUAGGCUUUGUUGAGGCUGCCUACUUCCCAGGUGCUCUUUACUUUCUAUCUUGCUGGUACACAAGGAAAGAGCUGGCUUUGCGAACCGCUUUUCUGUACUCUGGCUCCCUUGUUUCCGGUGCCUUUGGGGGUCUGAUCGCCGCUGGUAUUGUGGAGGGCAUGGGGGGUCUGGCAGGUUUGAGCGCCUGGCAGUGGCUUUUUCUGCUUGAGGGCAUUUUAACUGUUGUUGUCGCCAGCAUCGCGGUCUUUAUCAUCCCAGACGUCCCUCGAACGACAAGGUGGCUCAGUGAAGAAGAAAAACAGCUCGCAGCAUGGAGGCUCCAGGCAGAUAUUGGGGAAGAUGAUUGGGUGGACAGCCAGCAUCAGUCUCCCGUUCACGGACUGAAGCUCGCAUUCACGGACCCCAAGACGUGGCUAUUACUGCUCGUCAUAUACGGCUCAACUGCGUCAGGCUCUAUGACCACCUUCUUUCCCACUGUUGUCGAAACCCUGGGAUACGGCAAGAUCCAAACUCUACUCCUCACCGCUCCUCCAUACAUUGUCGCCGUCAUUGUCUGCUUGUAUGCCUCUGUCACUAACACAACCCAAGACAUCAUUGCCGUUGCAACGACUGCAAUAGCGCAAUUCCUCCCCCGUCCGGCAACCAAGCGUACUGCGGCACUAGCUCUUAUCAAUGCUCUGAGCAAUGUCUGCCAAGUAUACUCACCGUAUCUGUAUCCAACCUCUGCGGCUCCUCGAUACGUCAACGCUUUCGUAGUUAACAUUGCGAUGUCAGCAAUGACUGUGAUAGCCAUGACGGUACUACGGAUUUACCUUGGUCGCCUUAACAAGAAAUUGGACCGCGGUGAGACCGUCAGGGACGUUGGGAAUAACGCUGGUGCUGCUGGGUCACCUGAGGCAAACGGAUUUCCAGAAGUUACUACGGAGAGAGGCUUCCGCUUCCUGCUUUAG